GACUGGCCCACACAGAGUCCUGACCUCAACCCCAUCAAAUCCCCCUAUUGGAAUGAACUGGAACAGAAAGUGUGAGCCAGGCCUUUUGGUUCAACAUCAGUGUCUGACCUCACAAAUGCUCUGCUAAAUUAAGCCUUCCCAGAAUAGUCAUGUCAUUAAAGUCCCUGUUGGUGUAAUGGCCAAUACUUUUGUCUAUAUUGUGUAUAUUAAACUGCUGUGAAUUAAUGCACACCUUUUUUUAAAUAUGAAGAACUGCUACUAAGUCAUUUUUAGAUUUUUAUAUUUUAUUCAGACUGAUAAAACAUUAGACCUCAUUUGUCUGUUAACACUCUUGUUUAACAAGUCAAAGAUUAGUUCUCUUUGUAAUGUUUUUUGUAACAGAGAAAACAUUUUUUAAAAUGUUUGUGAUCUUACUUCUGGCACAUUGCUUGCUUAAUGCUUACAUAUUCUUUUCCAUUUUAGCCUGUUUGUAUCUACAGAUAGGCUCUAGCACCUUAAAGUGUUUCUGGGAAGUCAUUAGAGGAACCACAAUGAUGCCAUAUGAGGCAACAUUAAAAUAGAUAAUCUCCUCAGGGACUUCUCUGAAAUCACAAUUCAAAGAUUUUACACAAUAAAUAAUGUUUAAAUGUCUUUGACCAUUAUUAAUUGACUGUUAUUAUUUAAUGGGCACCACGGAUGAUCACUGAUUUUUCACUUUCAUGCACAAUAUUAUUGUUUAUCCUAUUUUUAUACUCUUUAUAAUUUCCCUUCAGGGAUUAAUGAAGGACUUCUGAUUCUGAUUCUGAAUAUUCAUUAUGCUUUACAAAUUAAAGCAGAGUUUUCAGAUAGAACAGCUGGUUUGUUAAGAGCGCACAUACUGAACUUCCCCUUUUUAAAAGUUCAAUAGUUUCACAUUGCAAUGAUUAUCUAAAACAAACAAACAAACAAACAAACAAACAAAAGAAAACUUGUUUGAUUUCAUUUUUUCAUUGUUAAAGUGACACAUUCCACAACUUGAUGAUGAUAUCAGGGGAUUUUAAUUGAAUCUGAAGGAGGAUCAGCAGUGUGUGGAGAAACUUCCUGGAAACUUGAUGUAGUGUAAAGAGGAAAGUGCUACUAAAAGAGGAUGAAGAGUCAGUUCAGAACAGAGACGCUCUGCAGAGAUCACAGAGGAGACUCACCCAUUCAAUACAAAACGGGGAGAGACUGACGGUUUCAAUCAUCGCAUCAGGAUGCUUGUUCUCUUCUGGGCGACCAUACUUUUCUCUGUGACAGGCAACAAUGUCAUCGAGGCGAACUUCACAACAGUCGACAACAAAGUUACUACACCUGCCAAAGUCUGCAACUGCGGCACCACACCAGAUUUACUCGAGACACUCUGGUGCUUUGUGAUGGAAAAGUACCAAGUCAUCAUCGCGUUUUUCACCGGGACUUUCCUUACAGCAAUCAUCUACUGUUUGGCCACAAAAUGCUGCAGAAAAAAACAGAAGAGCUCUGAAAUCAUGGUUGAGACUCUGGACAUGGUGACUACUGAAGCAGUUCCACUGACGGAUGCUGGUCAGUCAGCGGAAAAUGACCUAAAGGCAGCCGAAGGAGGAGCUGAGGCCGCCGGGCAGUCAGUGCCUGACGGGCAACCAGAAGAGGUGGAAUACUCCGACAUUGACUUCUCCAGGUGGAAGAGGACGAGCUCCACAGGGGGGUCAGAGGCAGAGGAAACGCAAAAGAAACCAGAGUCAGAGUAUGCUGAACUUAAGAAAGACGAAAGAGUAGAGAAGCAAGAAGACAGUGGCGGAGAAGACAGUGAAAUGUUGGAGGGCAAUGAAGAAGAACUGGGGAUGAUGGGGGAAGAUGAGGAGACAAAACAGGCCACCUUAGGGGAGGAGGAAGGGGAGGCAGUGGGAGUGUCUUCUGAUGUGAAUGAAACAAUGGAUGAGAUUUGAGAGUUUGUGGAGUCAAAGAUGGGCAAAUUCAGUCCUUUUUGAAAAGCAAGACGAAACAUGACGAGCGAUGUAACACGGGCACAGAGUGAAACACUGUGUUCAGAGCGCAGAGCAUGAGUGCCUGGUGGGGAUUGUUACAGUUCAGAAAUGUUUAGAUGAGAUAUUUCAGGGAUUUUUUUUUUUUUUUUUUUUGGCUUUCUGUGCAAACGAACUUUGAUGUCAGGCAGGAUUUAUGCACUCUGUAGCAGGUAGAAUAAUCAGCUUUAUGUAGCAGUUAGGCUUUUCUUUACCUCUAGACAAUGUUUUUAAGAAAUAAAUGAAGCAGCUAUUUAAACUAGAAUCAAACGUGUCAUUACUUUAGAAAGUAUCUACUUGGGGUCAUCCAGCAAUUGCAGGGUUGAUGGUUGAUGGUUCAUGAUGUAAGACCUUGAAGGUUAAAGAGCUCCUGAUGGUUAUGGCUGUGCCUUGGCUGGUCACUGAGGCCAUCAGAGGGUAAAUAAAAAGCAAACUGUAAAGCACAAUAUGGAUGCAGUCCAUUUGGUGGUAAGUCUCCACCUCAGGAUCCCCACAAGAGACACCACUGCUCCUGCUUCUGUCGGUCAAGAAACUUACAUUUGCAUGAAUUCACAUAACUUUUCAUGUGAAGUGAAGAACUAAAUAAUAAUAAUAAAAAAAAAUCCCCAAGAAAAAUACUGUCCAGGUCAGUGCUUGGAGUUGUGUCUGUUUGACAGCUAAAAGAUUGUUUCCCUUUUUCAGAAACACAUAUACCAGGAUGCUCAGUACUAAGAAUGAGCAGGAAACACAGUUUGUAGGACAAUCUAUAAACUGACAACAAAGCCAUUUCAACCUAAAGGACAAUCUGUCUUUGAGUUCAACUUGCAGAGAUAUAUUGCAAGUUUUUUGACAGAAUCUCGACUUAAUCAGUUCAGAUAGUUACAGUCCAGCAGCACAACAGAGCCGCUAAAAUUACUGUACGAUUACAGUAAUUAUACAAAUACAGAAGUGCUUUUCAAGAAGCGGAGCUUAAUGCAAGCAUCAAUUACAAACGCAGUCUUUUUUCUUUUCACACCACCCUGUGUCAUCACUACUCGACUGGCACAGUGACAUUCAGUAGACCACAAAUGGCAUGUCACACUUUGCAUUGGUGUUAUAAAGGAAAGGAAAUAGAAAUGGAACGCAAAAGAAAAUGAAAUAUACUACCAGCAAAGGUUUACAGUCCAAACUUCAUGAAUCAUAUAAACAGCUGCACAAAGAGAUGAUACUGUUGCUUGGUUUAUUUCCCAAGAUGACCAGAAGUUUUUGUGCAACUGCAACAAACUUCCCCUUUCUAAAUUCUUGUAACAGUUCACGGCCAUGACAGGCAUAAAACAACACAGACAACAAUUUCCUUUUUACUUUCAUUAGAAACAAAUUAAUGAAAGGAUACGUGAGUCCUAACGUGAUACUGUGAGAUUAUAAGUGCAUGAAGCUGAGGGAGCCUCACAACAGGAGCAACGGUAAUCUGCGUGAUGGUUACUGCACAAAGAAGGAAGAGGUAGGAACCUGCUGAGAGAUGAGGAAGGGUCCAUCGAGAGCGGAGUCACACUUAAGACAUCGCUGAAGAGAGAAGAAGGCAGGGGAACAAGACGAGCAGGAUGUUUGUCCUCAUCUGGCUGACUCUGCUCUUUGCUGUGGGCAGCAGCAAUAACACAGAUUCAGUUGAAUGCGUGUCACAACCCGCAGAGAAGAGCAAUUCUCACGUCACUGGAAACAUCGCUGCUGAGGAGAUGACUCAGGAUCUGACUGCUGUCACACAGAUAAACAACUCAACUCUGACCAUUACCCCUUCACCUGCGCACCAGGGCACCAAUGUCACCUGUAAAGUCACAGACAGCAUGACUACAGAAGCCGUGACCACUGCCAAGAAUCCUGAAAUCACUGGAAAUACUGCUGUAAAGCAGGGCACUACUCUGACUCUGACCUGCACUGUUGCCAGUUUCCCUCCGUCUGGUAUCACUUGGAGGAAACCCGACUUGAACAUAAGCCUGAGCAAUGAAAUUGGAGCUGACCUGCAAAAUGGCACUGGAACGGCCACACUUGUCAUUUGUAAUGCGACCGCAGGAAAUUCUGCACAGUACAUCUGUACAGCAAAACACCUGAACUACACCCUGACGGAAAGAGUAAACGUCUCAGUGAUGUUGCAUCCAAAGAUCCUUAACAGCUCUGGUUGCAUAAAUCAGACGGAGGUCCUGAUCUGUACGUGUGUCAGUGAGGGGGUUCCUUUACCCACCAUCAAAUGGCCAACGUUGGAGAACAACACUGAGUACUCCGUCAAUACCACCGUUUCAAACCACACAAUCAGCAGCACCAUCAUCAUAACUGCAGAAGAGCAGAGUGACUCUGUUGUUGAGUGUGUCAGCAGCAACCAAAAUGGAGAAGUCAAGCGGAACAUCACCAUAAAAACAGAAGAAGAGGAAGAAAAGGAAGAAGAAGAUGAAGCCAUGAAAUUGUUACAAAUGGUGACCCGGCUGGAUAUUAUCAUCGCUUUUUUGAUUGGCGCUCUGCUGUCUGCAACCAUUUGCUGUCUGUUGCAAAAGUGCCACAGAAAGAAAAAACAAAAGACUUACGGCAAUCGAGCUGGGACUCUGGAGAUGGUGACAAGUCAUGAAGAUCCAAUGAUAGAUGCUGGUCAAGCAGUGGAGGAUGAUCAGGCCGUCGGUCAAGAGGCAGCUGAAGCAGGAGGAGCUGCGGUGGUGGACAAAUCAGACGUGGAGUACUCCAGCCUUGAUUUCUUCCUGAUUCAAAGACAGAGCCCAGCAGAGGCAGGGUCAACAGAAGAGACCACAGAGACAGAGUAUUCUGAAAUUAAAAAAGAAAAAGCACAGGCGCACGGCGGUGAUGGUGAGGAGACAAAACAUUGUGUACCAGAUGAGGAGGAAGGUGAGGAUGCUGCACUGUAUUCCACCGUGAUGGAUGUAAAGGGUCACAGUUGUUUGUUCUGAUGUUUUGGCUUCUUUCUGUCAUGUUUAACUGAGACAUGGUUUAACUGUUGAGAUGUAGAACAAGUCACCUGGUGAAUCAGCUCUGUGGCAACACUGACCACGGCAUAGCAGUUUAUAAAAGGUUGUAUUAGUAUAGAAAAUACUUUUAUUAGUCUUUCAAGAAAAAUGUUUGCUUGUUUCGUAUGGCAUACAAGUACGUCUACAGCACUCAGAACAUACACAAAAGACUGUAAUAGGAAGAAAAGGCAGAAAUCUGUUUCUCUGAAAUCUUUAUUUUAAACUCCGGUCUGCAGUAUUACCCUUGGCUUGCAAGCAUAUUUUGACUUCAAACUGCUAUUUUGCUGUAUGAACUAAAUGAGCAGAGGAUAAGCUUGUUUCA